AUGACAGCCAUCGCACGAGUGGAAGAGUAUUUGGCUACAUUUAUGAAGAAAGUAGUUUAUUAUGAGAAGUUUUUUCAGCGCAUGGGAUCAAAUUUACCCGUUUGCGUAACGGAUACAGCAAAUCUUCUGUUCCAGCGCUGCUACGAGUACCGGGAUGAGAUUCGCGACGAGCUCGAAUCUAGUGUCGCGUAUGUCGCCGAUGCAGGCCGCUGGGUCGUAGGAAUGGGCGAUUGGAAUAGCAAGAUGGAGAAGCGCUUGAACCAGACUUUGGCAGCAACCGUUACGCUGAAGAAUGCACCUAUGAAUCGCAAAGCGGGAGGAGCGGUUUCAACCUCGGAUGUUAAGCCUCCGAUUGCUCGGAAACGGCUGACAAAGGCUGCAAAAUUUAGCUCCGAGAUGUCAGCUUUAGGCAUGGAGAUUUCUGGGGCGCUUUCAGAGAUACUCGGCAGCAACAACUGCAACAUGUCAGCGGCAUCCACCAGUAUCAAACAGACGUCAACGUCUCAAGGCUUUGAUACCGACAACGAAGCCAUGAACCCAUUUGCAGAUUCGUAUCGAGAUUCUAAUGACACGUGCGCCAAAGGCGUAAGCAGUGCUGGCGCUUCUGUCACCUCUAGUGCUCAAAGCCUUUCGGAUACUACAUUAGCUGAUAUGGAUGCACUGCCACGAUAUCCGCAUUCCGACAAAGACAUUACGGAGGGUCCAUUAAGUCCUGUGAGUAUGGGCGAAUAUGAGUGUCUGGAGAUAGACUCUAUUCCAAAGUAUGCUGCAUUCAAGUCGUCUGCUCAACUUGCAGCGCGACGCCAGUAUGCGCCUGGUAGCGAAAACGGUAGUCAUGCGGUGAGUGCGACAUAUAACGGACGGCAAAGUACAAAUAGCGCGUCAAUUACGGAAUACAACGAAUUGUUUCCAUCGCCGCCGUUGUCAGCUCAGACAGUCUCCAGUUAUUUGGAAUCACCAGACACGCAUGCCUCGUUGAAGAAAACACUUUAUGCGAAGCCGAUGUUGGACAUAAACUAUUUAUACGAUUCUCAUUGCGAGAUGGCGCACAACCCGUUUGUUUUGCCGAAUACGUCAGGGUCCUGUGGAUACGAUUCCUCUGUGAUCAGUCCGACGAAGUCACCGUCAUUGAGGCAGCAACGGGCUCAGCCAAAUAAUGGACUUUUGAAUACCACACGAGCAUCUUCACCACUGUCUACGUCAGCAUGUGCUUCAAGCGCAGCUUUGGAUCGAACGCAGACAUUUGUUCCGCUCUCUGCUGCUUUAUUAGAUCCUUUUGCCGCUGGAACUGAAGUCGGGGUAGCAUCUUCGCUGCCAACUCCUUACAAAGCUAUCAAUUUUCCUCAAGCAGGAGCUCGUACAGCGCUAACCAGUGGACCAGCAUUUUGUGCGCAAUCCUCAAGUUUAGACGGUGCGCAGGGCUACCAGAAGUACAGCGCGUGUAACGUGGAUUCAAUUGAGGCUGGGGUGACGGCUACAAAGAUUACUACUGCUGACGACGCCUAUCACGAUAGUGACUAUGAGCACGACCUUUUUGGAGUAAGCAAGAAGGCCUAA